AUGUCGCUCAUCUCUGCGCAUCUGGAACAAAUUGGCUAUUCGUGCCAGGGAAUUGACUCUCUACCAUUCCCUCCUCCAAAGAUCUUCACCAACGCCCUCCUCUCAAACCAUGACAUCACAUCUCUCAUCCGCGACACAGAACCGCACGAACGCGCGCUCUUCUCCGUCCCACCGCCUCCUCCGCCCUCAACUACUCUAAAACCCACAGAACCAGAAAAGAAAAGGUCCUCGGGUCGACGACAAACUGUCUUUAAUGUAGCCUCGGGCGAAGUCACCACAGGGCCUCCACCCCGCACCGGCACACAUCCCCGACGACAAACGGCCGUAGCAGCUGUCUUGGGCGGUCAAAUGCACGAAGAAUUACGGCGCGGAGAAUCAGAUCGCAAAGGCGACGUCGACGUAAAUGUUCUUCUGCGCGGCGCAGAAAAGCUCUGCAGUGUAUACGAACUCCCUGGAGCGAGGGCGCGCAUCGCUGCAUUGAGGAGUAAACAUGCGCAUGGGAAGAACACAGCAGCGUAUUACGAAGCGCGCGUCGCGGAGCAGGCAGAACAGUUGGCGAGCCUAGAUCACAGAGAUUGGUAUGAUGAGGAAGAAGAGGAAGAAGAAGAAGAGGGUGAGGUUUGGACGGAGGAUGACUUGAGAAGGGAAGAAGAGGAGGCGAAGGAGAUGGAGGUUAAGAAGAGGGAGCUGCAAGUGAGGCUGAGGCAGAUGGAGAAGGAUCUUGGUGGUUUGAUGAGAAUGUGA